AUGGGUGAUACGAAUGGACAAGUUGUAGCUGGUGGUAAUGGCCAAGGAAAUCGAUUGGAUCAAUUAUAUCGUCCAACCGAUGUGUUGAUCGACAAAGAGACGGAUAGUCUCAUUAUUUGUGACCGGGACAAUCGACGAGUCGUACGAUGGUCUCGUCGUAGUGGUACAACUCAAGGAGAAAUCCUCAUCGACAACAUCGCUUGUGCAAGAUUGGCCAUGGAUGAUCAGAGAUAUCUCUACAUCUCUGACACCGACAAACAUGAAGUAAGACGAUAUCAAAUAGGAGACAAGAAUGGAACUCUUGUAGCUGGUGGCAAUGGCGAAGGUGAUGGUCUCAAUCAACUCAACUGGCCGGCCUACAUCUUUGUCGAUCAACAACAGACUGUCUACGUGUCAGACCAAAACAAUCAUCGUGUAAUGAAAUGGAAUAUAGGUGGAUUUAUUACAACAGACAAGAAUGAAACAAGAUAUAUUCUUCUUUUGAAUAAAAAUUUAUUUAUAUCAACAUAUCUAUUCUAUACACAUCAAGAUCAACAAUUUGUUAUUCAUUAUUUAAUUGGAAUGGAAUAUACGAGAAAUCGAAUGAAAAUUAAUAUUAAUUUUACAAUGUUAUUAAAUAUUAUUCAAUCCGAGUUUCUUGCUGCACAUCAUGCUUAUAUAGAAAAAUUUCAAGUUAUUGAACUUCAACAAGAAUUACCAACAAUAUAA